CUCUGUUUCCAUGAGCCACACAGGAGCGCUCAAUUCAUGGCCAUACAAAAUGUAGGGUGCCAGGUUGGCACCGACAAUCUGUCCUUGCCAGAUCGCUGUACUGGAAUGUAUUGCGACUUUGCUGGGUUUCUUGAUAUGAGGAAUGUAACUUCAUACGCAUGGUCGACUAUCUGCAAAGUCUUUCGAGGGAAUUACGACUUGUGUAUGAAAUGUCUCACAGCGGGCGCUUAUGAUCUCUCCCACAUUCAAAGAGAAUUUCUCGACCCUAACUACGGACUCUGGGUGAGCUUUUGCAGCUUACCACCAUCCGAUGUCACCUACCCGGCCGACUACUUUGAAACCUUGACCACGACGAAAUCGGUUAAAACCAAGCUUUUCAACCAUGAUGUUUCGACGAUUUUGACAACCCAGACCAUGAUCUUGCCCAAAGCAGAGUCCUUUAAUCUUACAGCCACUGAAGCCUCCGCAACCCCGAACAGUGCUACAACUACUGCUUCACUCUCAAGGACCGGCGCUUCAACAACAGCCACCGGGCCAGGCAGAAGUGCCUUGAUCGGAGUCGUCGUGGGCUCCAUGAUAGCAGCGUUCAUUCUCUUUGGAGUUGUAGCCUAUCUGAUUCGAAGAAGGCUAAAGAAGCGAAGGGCCGACAAUGGCAUAUGGGACAAGGCACAGCUUCACGGGGACUCUUUGACUGCCAAGCCGCAUAGACAGGCCAAGAAGGAUCCAAACUCGACAAUUGGUGAAAUUUGCGAACUUCCAGUUUCACCAGGGACAACAGAGCUUCAGCAGACACCGGAAACUCGAUGGCAUGAGCUUGAUACAACUGCGGAUCAAGGAGAGAAGGGUGACCGUUCUCAAUAA